AUGUCCGGACGUUACGAACGGGUCAAUACCCAAGACGACGAGCCUGACACUCCGAUUGCUCCCUCUUCAUUACGACCGCAGUCGACACCUAACUCUCCCCCGCCUUCAUUUCAUUCGCGGGCCUCAUCCGCUGAAAGAAGAAGGCGAAAUGUCGAUCCUACCCUAGCUGACGCAUUCGACGCCGAAGAUGACGAUAGCGACGACGACGAACCCGAUGAUAGACAGCGCUUAGUUCGAGGAAAUUCAUUUCCCAUUUCAAACAAUCCUACCAACCAAGCUUCAAACGGAGGAGAUGUGCGAUCAUCUAACGGAGGACAAACGGCGCAGUUCUCUUCUGGUGGUACCAACACUCAGCAUGCUGGCUCAAGAGUGUACGGCGGUGGGAUACAAUCCGAUGGUGUUUUCUCCAACAUGAUGGCUCGGCCGGAGAGGGGAGAGAAGAUCGUGGAAGAAGCACCUCCGACAUACGAGCAAGCAGCUGCAGAUGCUGCGCCGCCAUACUGGGAGACGACAAUACUGGCACCGGGCCUUGGUGGUCCCGAUGAUGUUUACAUCGAUGGAAUGCCCGUUGGCUCGGUAUUUAGUUUCAUAUGGAACGGAAUGAUCAGCAUGUCGUUUCAAGUGUUUUUUGUUGGCUUUCUCCUCACAUAUCUAUUACACUCGACACACGCGGCGAAGAAUGGCUCUCGUGCCGGGCUCGGUAUCACACUCGUUCAGUACGGUUUCUACAUGAAAGGAUCAUCCCCCGACUCGAGUGGUAUGGGCGGCGCGCCUACAGAUGGAUAUGCGCAACCUCCUGAUCCUAACAGCCACGACUUUGACCCCAACGCUGUUACGACCAAUAGCGGCGAGGAAGGCUCGGAUUUUAGCGAUAUUGUGGGCAGUGAAUGGAUAGCGUAUCUGCUUAUGAUCGUGGGUUGGUUUAUCUUGAUCCGGUCAGUUAGCGACUACAUCAAGGUCAGGAGGCAUGAGCAGCUCGUGCUACAAAGCCCAGACAGGGGCUUGGGUAUUCCGAUUAUUGCUGAAGGUGAAAGGCCUGAAACGGUGGUUUAA